AUGGGUGCAUCAGGCUUAGGUUCUGCUUUAGCAAAUUGCAUUAAUCUCUCUAAUUUGACACUUAAGCUUAGUAACAAUUAAAUUGGUGCAAUGGGUGCAUCAGGCUUAGGUUCUUCUUUAGCAAAUUGCAUUAAUCUCUCUAAUUUGACACUUUACCUUGGUGAAAAUUAAAUUGGUGCAAUGGGUGCAUCAGGCCUAGGUUCUUGUUUAGCAAAAUGCAUUAAUCUCUCAAAUUUGACACUUUACCUUUAUGAAAAUUAAAUUGGUGCAAUAGGUGCAUCAGGCUUAGGUUCUUCUUUAGCAAAUUGCAUUAAUCUCUCUAAUUUGACACUUUACCUUGGUAACAAUUAAAUUGGUGCAAUGGGUGCAUCAGGCUUAGGUUCUGGUUUAGCAAAUUGCAUUAAUCUCUCUAAUUUGACACUUUACAUUUCUUAAAAUUAAAUUGAUGAAGGAGCAUCAGACCUAGGUUCUGGUUUAGCAAAAUGCAUUAAUCUCUCAAAUUUGACACUUUACCUUUCUUAAAAUUAAAUUAAUAAUGAAGGAGCAUCAGGCCUAGGUUCUGGUUUAGCAAAAUGCAUUAAUCUCUCAAAUUUGACACUUGAACUUUAUCACAAUUAAAUUGGUGAUGAAGGUGCAUCAGGCCUAGGUUCUGGUUUAGCAAAAUGCAUUAAUCUCUCAAAUUUGACACUUUAACUUUGUUACAAUUCAUUUCGUGAUGAAGGUGCAUCAGGCUUAGUUUCUGGUUUAGCAAAAUGCAUUAAUCUCUCAAAUUUGACACUUAACCUUAAUUCUAAAUCAAUUAAUGAUGAAGAUGCAUCAAAUUUAGGUUCUGCUCUAGCAAAGUGUUCUAACCUCUUAACUUUGAUUCUUGAGCUCUAGGAUUGUUAAAUUAGUGCACAAGGUACAUCUAAAAUAUGUUCAUCUUUAACUAAAUGUACUAGCCUCACAACUUUGGCAAUCAACCUUAGGAGUAAUCUAAUAGAUGACAAUUGUGCCUAUGAUUUAGGUUCUAGUUUAUCAAAAUGCACUAAUCUAUCAACUUUAACUCUAGACAUUUCAUAGGUUUUAAUUGGUCCAUAAGGUGCAUUAAACAUAGUAUCUACUCUAUCUAAGUGUUCUAAUCUCUCUAAUUUAGAACUCUGCCUCAAUGAAAAUGAAAUAGGUGAUGAUGGUGCAUCAAAAUUAAGUUCAGCUUUAACUGAGUUCACUAAUCUCAAAAAUUUGACUUUAAAUCUGUGUGCAAUAGAAAUAGGUGACAAAGGUUUAUUCUAAUUAGGUUCUGCCUUAGCAAAAUGCAAUUGUCUCUCAACUUUAGAACUUGAUCUAGAUGAUAAUUUGAUUUAUGCAUAGGGAGCAUUAGAAUUGGGUUCUGCUUUAGGAAAAUGUGCUAACCUCUAAAAUCUCAAACUUAGCAUCUAAGGCAAAAAUAUUGGUAAAAAAGGUGUAUCAGAUUUAUGUUUUAAUUUAGCAAAGUGCUCUAAUAUAUCAAAUCUAUCACUCAUAGUCUCUAAUGGCUAACCUAUUGAAUAAAAUGCAUUAGAUUUAGGUUCUUCUUUAACAAGAUUCUCUAAUCUUUCAAAUUUAACUCUCUACCUUUCGCAUAGUAAGUUAUCAAAUAAGUUUGUAAUAGAUUUAGGUUCAAGUUUAUCAAAGUGUGAUAGUCUUAAAUAAUUAUCUCUUAAGCUGAGCAAAAAUUAAAUUGACACAUAGGGAACAACAAAAUUGUGUUAAUCUUUAGCAAAAUUCUAAAAUCUUUCGUGUUUGAAACUAGACUUAGAGAACAACAAAAUCGGAGCAAAAAAUUUAUAAAAUUUAGGUUUAUCAUUAGCAAAGUGUCCUAAUCUCUUAUAAUUGUGCCUCAAUCUUAGGAGGAAUGAUUUAUGCUCAAAGGCUUUACAAAAUUUAUGUUCUGGUUUAUUAACAUGUGAAAAACUCUUAGUCCUGAAUAUGAUGAUUAGGU